AUGAAUUUACAUCUGAUAGAAGACGCAUGUGAUGAUGAACAUUACGACGAGAACAAAAGAUACAAAGCAGAAAAAAAGAAACUGCAAAUCCUCAAACAAAGAAAAUCCAUCACAGCAUUAAAAGAGCUCGAGAUUCAAGAUAGAAGGCGAUUGUGGAACCCAAACAAAAGUGCUGCUUUUCAACAAUGA